GCGCGUGUCGCUUUCCAAGGUGCUGACCUCUAAGGGACCCUUCGUCGUAAUUUUGGUUUAACUUUUGUUAACUUUAACCAACAAAAAUAAGUUAGUAAUUAAUUAAUGUUCAUAGAAUUUGGGCUUGUUAAAGAAAGAACACGUACAACUGCCGAGUGGGUGACAAAUACUAACCUGGACAUCGGUUUAAAGGUCUUUUCCAUUUUCUUAUUUGGUGCUUCUCUUCCUGUAACGUAAGAGCUAACGUCAAUAACCUAACAACGUUUUUAAAAGCCAUCACAAUGAGGAGACAGGAAAACCAGCCAACCAGGUCAACAGCAGGCUGCCUGUCUGUGCCGCUCUUUAACCAAAAGAAAAGAAACAGAGUUCCUUUGACAUCUGCUCCCUCGGAGAACGAAUUCUUCUCCCACAGUGAAUACAUGGCCAGCAGCAGCACAGCCACAUCUCACAGCACAUCAGGUACCUAUGGAUGUUACCAGGCCUCAGGUCCGUCCUCUGGUGCUCCACUAAGCUACCAGUGGAACAGGCAGGCCAUCCCACAGUCUACUCCACCCCAGCAAUAUGGCAGCUACAGACCUGCUCCUGGACCUGCCCCUGCAAUGAAAACCUUAACACCCAUAAAACAUCCAUACAAAUUUGGAGGUACAAGCUCUAAGGUGGGACCAGCCAGCAACCCAAUGAGACAACAGGAUUUCAGCCCCAGUGUUAAGUCCAGACAGAGCACAUAUAAAGCUCCCAACAUCAAUGAGAGUGCACAAAUCAAGCCAACUCCUCAUACUGGGUUUUCUCAGAUGGGUCAGCAGUCCUCUUACAGACCACCCAAUCCCACCCAUCAGUAUUCCCAUCAGCCCAGACCUCUGCCAGCUUCUGUCCCAGCGCCCAGCAGGCCUUCUGCUCCUGCAGCGCAGCCACAGAACAACUCCUGGAAGUUUACUAACAGCUUUGGGCCGCAGAAAUCACCCAAUGUGGUAAACAGGAGCACAAAUCAACCUAAGACUGCACGACAGACUAAAACUCAGGACACAUUUCCAAUGAAGCCAGCCAUUGAGAACUCACUGAGGAUCCUGACUUCCGUUAUUGGUGGCAUGAGACACUGGAGCCAGUUUAAAGACAAAGUGCCAUACUUAUUUGAGAUAUUUGCUACUCUCGACUCUGCGGUCACACUGGGUCACCAUGGAGCCAAGAACUUCCUCAUGAGAGACGGGAAGGAGGUAGUGCCGUGUGUCUUCUAUGAAAAUGAGCAGGAACUGCCCCGUCUUAUCCGGGGUCAAGUUCAUCGCUGCGUGGGAAACUAUGACCGCAGUAGAGACGUCCUGAUGUGUGUGUCCGUCAGACCCGGCCUGCCUUCAGAGCAGAGGAAUGCUCAGGAGGCCGUCAAAGCCUGUGAUGCAGAAAUGAGGGCGCUGGUCAAAUCACUCAGUGAAGUCUGAGCAUCAAAACUGUAUGUAUCAACAGCCGUACAAGACGAAUCGGAAGAAAAAGUAUACCAGUAUUUAAUGAGUGUGCAUGAGAGCCAAGCUUAGUGCUAUAGAAUAAUAGAUCAGUCUUGUUAUGGGUAGAAGUUAAAAAAUAAAAAAUAAAGCAUGUUUGGACCCGCAGUUGCGAUGUUGUGCUGAACUUUAACAGCUGAAUUCACUUGCAUGUUCUGGCGUAAAUGUUUUUGUAUUUACUUGUGAAUAUAAAGAGCUGUUUCGUUUAA